UUUCCGCAUGUAAACACUGCACGCGCGGUGCAAUACUUGACAGGCACAGAGCAGAUAGUCUUCGCCAUAGACAUCAUCGCAGACUUAGGGACAAGACGCGCAGCUGUGAACGGUUCUGUGAGCGGGAAUGGGCGUAAAAGGUCUGCAGAGCUUUGUGGAGCGAUGCUGCCCAGAGGCCUGUGUGACAGUGAACCUGAGGGAGAUGGCCAGGCAGCAUGUCGCCAAAAACCAGCAGAGCUGUACUUCCACCGCUGACAUGACCAGUCCCACACUUGUGGUUGAUGGCAUGUCCUGCCUCUGCCACUGGUACUCGUGUACGAACUGGGUGUGUGGAGGCCAGUGGAUGGAGUAUCUUGAUGUCCUGAAGAACUGGGUGGAGGCUUUUACCUCUGCAGGCAUCAACUUGGUCUUUUUCUUCGACGGAGUCGUGGAAGAGCAGAAGAGACCAGAGUGGGUGAAAAGGCGACACCGGGUGAACAGGGAUAUUGUGAAAAUCUUUAACUACAUAAAGGAACGUGGAGAACAGCCUGGCAGACAGCUCUCCUGUCUGCCAUCCGCUCUGGCAACAUUCACCCCUUUGGCCCUCAGAUCACUGGGUCAAAAGGUGUUCUGUUCAGUGAGAGAGGCGGACUAUGAAAUUGCCAGCUACGCUCGUCGUCAUGGCAGCAUGGGCAUUCUGGGACAGGACUCAGACUUCAUCAUAUAUGACAGUGCCCCCUACUUGUCUGUGGCAAAGCUGAGAAUAAACGGCCUAACGACUGUCAUGUAUGACCGGCAGAAGGUCUGCAGAAACAUCGGACUAGCCGUUACCCAGCUGCCUCUGCUGGCCUGUCUGCUGGGUAACGACGUGGUUUCAGAGGAGCACAUGCAGCAUAUCAGAAACAAUGCUGUGGCAGCAUACAGGAGAACCAAUCCAGAACCAUAUCUUGGUCAUCCUCAGGGUCAGCUAGUGCUCGCAGUAGCCCAGUUUGUGAGGUCUUUGAAUGUUUCUGAAGAGGAAGAAACUGGACUUGUCCCACGUUCCCUGAAUGUAUCAUCUUCCCAAAGCGAGCUGUUAAAGAAGGGAAUUUGCUCCUACUUAUUACCUGGACAUAAAGACUAUGAGCUGGUUGACAUUUCUGCUCCACCUUUUGCCUUUGAGAAGCACAUUAGUCCUGAGAUUUUAAAGGCAUGUAGAGAGAAACAUGUAGCAGCGGAGGGUUUCAUGGUUUACAGUGUUGUGUGCGCCGGAGUCACCGAAUGCAGCAACUCUCUGGAGGACGAGGAGGACAAGGAAUUGCCGCCUCAGGCCCUCGUCUACAAGCCGUGCAGACAACGCGUCUAUGGUUUGCUGCUGCUGCUGGGAAAGGAUGACAGCUCUGUGGAUGUUCCAGCUAUCAGGGAAUGGUUCGUCUUCCCCGGAAACCCUUUGAAAGAAGCUGAUAUGGUCCAUCCUGCCCCCGUUAACAUCCCAUGUGGUGAACCCAGUCUGGACCUGCUAUGGUUUAGCUCCGGUCCUGAGGUUUCUGCCCUUCGCCUUGCAGCCUUCCUUGCAGUCUUCGACUGCCUCGACUAUUCUGACUUGCACGGAGAGAUCGGAGACUCUCUCCUGGCUGCUCUCUGUCUCGUCACUUACGUCGUGCUUCAGGUACAAACGUUGUCUGAAGAGGAUGUAGAUGCUUACCUGAGCCAGGCCGUGUGUCUGAGACUGAAAUCGCCUCUGGAGCUUCAGCGGAUUGAGCUGCCUUUGCUUUCUAGUCGAGCGGUGCAGCUGGGAUCUCUCUACGUCCGAGGACUGAGCCACCUGCUGGGGGCCAACAAUGCCAGCGGCUGCCCGCUGCCCAGUGCUGCUCUGAUGCCUUGGCACAGCUUCGACGGACGGCUGUUCCACUCCAAGUACCUGCUGGCACACAGCAGCGUGGAGAAAUCUGAGCUGCUCGACAGUGAUAUGUCCUGCCUUUCUCAGUUUGCUCAGCUGAAAGAGAAACUUGUAGAAACCUGCAGGAAGAGAGGCCGACUCCUACAGUCCAGACCCAGAGGAACGCAGAGAAACCUUCAACCCCCACCUGGAGCGAGAUACAGAGGCACACACUCAGGUUUCCCUCCAAGAGUUGAUCAGGGUUGGAGAGGAGAGACUAAAAGAGGCCUUCGACAUGGACAAAGAUGGAGGGAAAGAGAGGAGGUCUGGAGGGAACAAAGCGACUAUGAAAACCCAGGGACAGAGCACUGGAGAGGAGGACACGGAGGAGGAGGUCAGAGCUUCGUUUCAUGUCCUACCAACUCCUAUGAGGGACAACCAGGAACCCGGAACCAGUUCAGAGGUCGGCUGUAUCACAACAGGAGGAGAUACUAACUGGCUCCCAGAUGGCGACACCCUCCUGCCUCCUGAAUCUAACUCAAGCUUGAAGAGAGAGGAUCUGAAGCUUAAAAGAGAAGGACUUGAGAAACGAAGAAGAUAAAGACGUGAUGAAAAGGAUCAGUGGAUGAUCCGUUGGGGAUGUUUGUCUAAAGGAUGUAGCAGGAAGAGAAAUGGAGUUUGAACAGGAGACGCAAUGGUAUAAAGGGCCACAGUUCGUUUAAAACAAAUCCUGCAGCCAAAACUUUAUAUCAGCAAAACCUUUAUUUCUGAGGAUGCAAAAUCUAACAAGAUGAAGUUAAAAAAGAAGGCCUGCUUUAAAACGUGGAUUAACCUGGAUCUGGUUUCCAUCUCUUAUCUUUGACAGAAGAAAGGAAAAGUUGUGCGUAUCCGAUGACGUAAUACUACCUAGAGCGCUGGAUCAGGGAAAGAAUAAUGCUGAUGUCAGAUACCAAAUCACACAUUUAGUCAAAGCCCAGCUCAACUAAAUGUGUACAUUUACAACUUCUAAACAAUGAAACAGACUUUACUUGAAGGUUUUAGCACUCAAACCUAUAAGUAAUUUCCUCUAAAAUAGUUUGUAAAAUCAGCUACUAAGGCUUCAGUCGGGGUAAAAUUAGACCAGAAAAGCUGAGCUGUUGGUGCUCUAAGUAUUUUUAAUACAGUGGGAACUAUUAAUAAUUUUUAUUGGGUUUUUUGUUUUGUGGCUGACCAACAAAUGUGUGUAACUAUAAAGUGUAAGGAAAUUAAUGCAUAAUUUUUCAAGAUUUGUUUUUUUACAAGUAAAAUAAAAGUGUGGUGUGCAUUUA